UGUAAUAUGACGGAGGAAGUGGAAGUGGCUCGGCUGAACCUUGGUCUACCUGAGUUUUUAGUUUGCGUCUUGCAUUCCUAAAUCCGGACAGGAAGAGGAGAGGAAGACUUUAUUAUCAGGUCUGCUGCACGUGGAGCUCCAGCUGAAAAACACCCCAGAGCUUUAUCUCUGUGGUCCAGAGUGACUCCAUGGUAACAGAGAGUGACACCAUGGCAACAGGGAGUGACACCAUGGCAACAGAGGUGGCGCCCACAGACCUGGUCAAAGUGCUCCAUCUCCUGGUGCUCUCCUUCUCCUGGGGCAUGCAGCUCUGGGUCUCCUUCAUAGCAGGCUUUGCGUUGGUGCGGCAGGUGAGUCGGCACACCUUCGGCCUGGUGCAGAGUAAGCUCUUCCCGGUGUACUUCCACUGUCUGCUGGGCAGCAGCGCGGUCAGCCUGGCUGUGUACGCGGCCUACCACCCCAGGGAGCUGCUGGACUGGCCUCCAAGUCUACAGAUGGGUCUGUUCGUCGUGGCGCUGGUCACGGUCAGUCUGAACGCGCGCUGGUUGGGCCCGGCGGCCACGGAGGUGAUGAUCCAGCUCCUGGAGGUGGAGAAGGAGCACGGCCUCGGGGGCCAGAUCGGCCUGGGCAGCCAGACGGAGGCGUACGCCACGCUCAAAGAAAAGGACCCCAAGUACAGAGCCCGCAAACGCACGUUUGGCCGCUACCACGGGCUGUCCAGCCUCUGCAACCUGAUCGGGUUCCUCUGCACCACCACUAAUCUGAUCUACACAGCUCUGAAUUUAUCCAGCAUUUAGAGACGAGUAUGUCAUUAAUACUAGCGCUGGGAAUCCCCAGAGGUCUCACAAUACCAUAUCAUCACAAUACUUAUGUCACUAUAUGAUAUUAUUGCGAUUUUAAACAAUAUUCUGCUAUUUAUCGCAAUUUAUAACCUUUUUUCCAACUUCAAAUUGUUCCCAAUUUCAAAAUAUAUCCCCAAAAGGACAUUUUGUCAGCAUC